AUGACUCUGUGUUGUGUUUAUGGUUGUUCGUCAUAUUCUGGUAAAAAUGUACAAUUUUUCUCUUUCCCAAGAAAAGAUAAACAUCAUGGUACAUUUAAAAAGUGGGUAUCUUUUUGUAAAAGAAAGAAUUUUGUACCUUCUUCAGGUACCAGAAUAUGUUCUAAACAUUUUAGAACUGAAGAUAUGAAUCAAUCUGAUUUGCUCCGAAAACAGUUGAUGCCAAAUGAAAAUAUUCGAAUACGUUUAAAUGUUGAUGCUGUUCCUACUGUACGUUUUGACGACGAGAAAAUUACGCCGAAAACUGUAAGAAGACAAUUACUGAGAACCAGUACACCAAAAAAAGUAAAACUACAACCAUCAACAUCAACUAAUAUUAUAUGUAUGAAUAAUUGUCAAGAACAAAAUAGUGAAGAGUAUCUGAUUAAUUCAAAUGUCGAAAAUAAGAACGAUAAAGGUAUACAGUGUGAUAUGGAUAAUGAAACAAAUACUGAUGCUACCGAAUCAUUCGAUUUUCCAUCUGAUAUUAGCUCUACAGAUGACGAAUCAGAAACAACUUAUGGAGAAGAUGAAGAGCAGCUCGAUUAUCUUAGCGCUAAAACACAUUCACUAGAAAAGGUAGAUAGUAAUGCAAGUUAUAUAGUUUUUUGGGAUUGUUUAUCUGAACUGUUUAUUCAUUGUCGUCAAUGUAGCAGUAAAAUAAUAUCAAAAACAUAUUUUACGCAAGGUGCUUUACUGUCUAUUACGACAGUCUGUAAUAAAGGUCAUAAAUUACAAUGGUCAUCGCAAAAAAAAAUAGGACGUCGUCCUCAAGGUAAUAUUUUAAUCGGUUCAGCACUUAUGUUAUCGGGUGUACUUUUUACCCAAAUGACGGCAUUUUGUCAGUCGCUUAACUUGUCUUUUUUUUCUCGGCCAGUUUAUGACAAUAUAAUAAAAUAUUAUACGGGCCGGGUUAUUUGCGAAGUUUGGGAUGACCAUCGAAAAAAAAACUUAGAAUUACUAAAAAAUUCUGAUAUUUGGUUAUCGGGUGAUGGACAGUUUGAUUCGCCUGGAUUUUGCGCAAAAUAUUGUACAUAUUCAAUUAUGGAUCUACACACCAGUAAAAUAAUUGAUUUUAAGCUCGUACAAAAAGGUAUGUUUCAAGGUGAUCUCGAAAGAAAAGCGUGUGAAUUAUUAUUAGAAAAUUUAACUAAAGAAGAAAAUAUGAAAAUAUGA